AUCCAUUCGCUCCAUCAUUUUACUGUUUGUUCGUUUGGACGGCGGCUUUAUAGGACUACAGCAUAAUACCAUACUCAUCGAUACUCACGCAAAUGCGCGCACAUACACUACACCGUCAAAUCGCACGUGCAAACAUACACACAUCGCAUGUGCAGACACAUAUUCACGCACUUACGGACGCACAUACAUAUACACACCUGAACAGAGAAACAGCAAAUAACUUAUAUCCAUCCAUAUAAAUAUAUAUAUACAUAAAUAUAUAUAUAUAAGUGUGUGUGCGUAUGUGUGUGUGUGUAUCUGUGUGUCUGCGUGUGUACAGUAUUUACUCUUGUAAAAUGUACGAUAUUUAGAACAAAAUAGUUAUUUUCAAAAAUGUGGAAAUUUUACUUGAUAAAGGGAUACAAAUAUUAGGGAUGUUUAGGUCUGAAGGUUGGGGUUAACGUUAUCUCUCAUAGCAUUUUACACGUGUAUUUUACACAUAAAUACAUACAUUCAUACACAUACACAUACACCCGUAUAUAUCUCUUUACACACAUGUACAAACAUACAUCUCUGUUUACAGCCGUAUUCUACAUACAUAUAAAUAUACAUACAAAUACAUUCACUCUCACACACACACGCACUUACACUCACACGUAGACAAACAUACAGACACACACAUACAUAAUACAUACAUACAGAAAGACAGACAGACAGACAGACAGAUAUGAACAGACGACAUAAUAGGAAAUGCGGAAAUAUAUGCUCGUCCGAGUCAAAGUGAAAGAAAUAUCAAAAGUAAUUGAAGCAACAGCGAGGGUAAAGGACAACUACAACAAUAACAAGACAUAUUACUAACGGAAAGAACAUCCUUAACUUCAUCACAGCACCAAUAGCCACAAGUGUAAUAACAACAACAACAACACAAUGUUAUUUUGCCGGUAAUUUCACUGCCAUGUGAUCUAAGAAACUAUGGAAGGCUUGAAUAUGAGUUUGUUACUAUAUCUCACAACCUUUCAACAUGUUGCUGUUUGCUAGCGCUGCGGUGUAAUAAGCAACUCCUGGAGAAUUCCCCGCGUUCUCAACAGACAACCAACCGCUAUUUCCCACUUUCUCUCUCUCUCUCUCCCUCUCUCUCUUUUCUUACUCUGUCUUUCGUUCCUUUUCUGUAUCUUUCAUUCCUCCUCCUCCCCUCUCUCUCCUUCUCUCCCUCAUACAGACGCUAUCCUUUUUUCGGCGCUCUUUUUAUCUUUCUGUCGUUCAUUUUUCUACAUCUGACUUAUUUGCCUUCAUUUUGUUUUUGCCUUUUUUAAAAAAAUAUAUUCAUUAUUUAUUUGUUUGUUUAUUCAUGUAUGUUCAUUCAUUCAUUCAUUCAUUCAUUCAUUCAUUCAUUCAUUAUCAGUCAUCGACCGCCCCGCUACCUGUCUAACCUCCGCAAACUUCUCCGCACGUUAUUCCAGGAACAGCACCACUACCACCAGCAACAACAACAACAGCCAACACACCUCCCACAUUCCGUUACACGCUACAAUCAACUAGCCAAUCCAACAUAACGAACGCAUCUCACUAACAAAGAACAACACACAUCUACACAUACACACACACACGCACAUACACACGCAUACACACAUACAUACAUAUAUAUAUAUAUAUGUAUAUAUAUAAAAAUAUAUAUCCAUAAAUAUAUAUAUAAAUACAUAUAUAUAUAUAUAUAUACAUACAUAUAUAUACAUAUGUGUACGCACGUCCGUAUGUGUGUGUGUGUGUGUGUGUAUACAUGUACAUGUCCGUGCAUACACAUAUGCAUGCUCGCAGUAUAUUUACACAACAUACUACAACUAUCUUUCGGAAAUCGUCUCAGCAACACGCACGAAUGGAAACCACUUUGUAUGCAUUGAUGUAGUAAAAACAAAACAACGACAGCAAUUUUAACCGCGAGACUGGCAAAUUUUAUUUCUUAUCCACUUUAUAUCGUAUUGCAAUAUUUAUUUUAAAUACACUCAAGUACAUAAAUACAUACAUACAUACAUACAUAUAUAUAUAUAUAUAUAUAUAUGUAUGUAUAUAUAUAUAUACAUAUAGUCGUUAUCACAACGAGAAGUGAACAAAAUAUAAACUCAACUAGAAUAAUAAAAAAAAAAAAAUUAAAAACCUUAUAUACACGGAGCAUUUAGUCGUUUUCCUAGAGACGAAUGUAACUCAUUUUUCUGCUACUGGUCUCUUUUUAAAACAAAACAUUAUAAACGAAAUAGUUUAAUGUAUUGGUGAACAGUCAACGGCAUUGGAGAGCAUAAAAAUUAAAGUUGUACCUGAGAAAGAGUUAACUGCCAUGGAAAAAUGGAAGGUCAAAAUGAAGGUUAUUCCAUUGACACAAUGAGAAAGAAACGCAUGCACCAGCUGCACACGUAUUGAAAACCAGAGUAAACAGGAAAGGAUGUUACCUUGAUAUCGGAAUGUUUGUGUGAAAUGGAUGAAGCCCAACAAAGCAAACAGAUUUAGAAUAUCUAUUACGCUAGAGACAUUUUCAUAAUUCAAAUUUGGAGAUUAACAUCAUUGCUUGUGGCACACAGAGGAAAUAUGCAAAAGUAAUAUUUACACAUAAAACUACAAACGGAAGUAGCAAAAAGUUAUUCGGGGAAAUCAGUCAAAACGCUUUCUCUACAAUGCAAAAUCUACGGACUUACAGGAAUGAGGUUUCCUGGGACAGCACGAAGUAAAAAUGUUACUAUUUGUCAUCAAAAGCAGCACUGAUGAACACUGCAACAAAGAGGUAACAAACAAGGUCGAUCAAAUCACAUGGCAAGGAAUUAUUAUUAGUUGCUGAAAAAAAUCAUGCUGCUGCCAAGAAUGCAAGAAAUUAGUAUUUAAAGACGAACUGCUGAUCCCACCAUGACAGUCAUGCAAGUUAUAAUGACACAUUUACCUCCAGGGAUACAUGGAGUAUUGAUUAUCUGCUGUUUGUUUAUAACGGUUUCUGCAUUCAAUUUAAGUCCAUCUGAGAGAGAACGAUCAAUUCGACAGAACAUUCCAGGUCGAGACUAUUCUGAAUUAUCUCGUCCAUCAGAAUUAGUUGAAGUUGAUGUCGAUGUACUUCUCUAUAUGGUAAAUGAAUUGAAUUUUCGAAAAGAAACUCUAUCUAUGACAGGGCGAGUGAAAACAAAAUGGAAUGAUCCGUCUUUAACAUGGUAUCCUAUGCAACAUAAUAAUGUCACCUUCAUACUUCUGCCCAGAAAGCGAGUUUGGAGUCCAGAAAUUAUCAUUGAUAACAUAGCCGGUGAAGUGAAGCCGAUAGGAGACAGAGCAAAAGAAGAUCUCAUCCGGUUAGAAUAUACUGGGAUGGUUCACUGGGAUGUUUCUCUAACUUUCUCAACACAUUGUGAUAUAGAUAUCACAUAUUACCCAUUCGACACCCAGCGCUGUACACUUGAACUGGGAGAAUGGACGUACACACGUAAAGAAAUUAAUUUCACUACACACUCCAAAGGGAUCGUGUUAGAUUCCUACAAAGACAACGGGGAGUGGAAUAUUAUCGGAACUUUCGCUGAACCGAAACAAUACGGGGCGGAGUACAUGCAGCUUCACUUCGGCCUUGUGAUGAAAAGAAAGUCUCUUUACUAUAUACUGAACGUUAUAGUACCACUUGUUCUCAUCUCAAUUUUGUGUGUAAUAAGCUUUCUCAUCCCAUUGGAUGCCGGAGAGAGGGUCUCUUACUCAAUCGCGGUCUUGCUAUCACUUGCCGUUUUCUUAACUGUAGUCAGUGCAAAUAUGCCAUCUACGUCAAAAUACGUCUCUGUUUUAGCGGUAUACCUGGUUACGGUAAUGAUUGUCAGUGCACUCACCUGUGUCAUGACAAUCCUUGUAAUCAGAGUGUACCAUCGGAACGAUCACGAGUGUCCUAUACCUUUGUGGUUGCAGAAAUUUGUCGGCAGCUUUGCACCUCUUCUGUCCGGAAGUAGCAGUGGUAUCAUUGUGAGCCAACACAGUUCCCCUGAGCACGUGGCCGAAACUGGUUGGAGCCGAACUAACACCGCUGACGAUAUACACGAACGACUGGAAUGCUGGGGAGAAGAGCCAGGAGCUCGAGACUUUGCGAAUCGACGCCGUAGCGAAUCUCGUGUGUUCCAGACAACGCGUAUGAGCAUGAGGCGCAAGAAGUCACUUAAACAGGACUGUAUCCGCGAUGGCGACCAAACUCGCCGUCCGAAUUCAUGGAAGAAUGUGGCGCGUGCUAUUGAUAGAUUUUGUUUCCGGUUAACACUUUUCAUUGUUCUUCUCACUAACCUAAUGAUGAUGAUUGUUCUCGGUGCUUUCAGUUGAUUGGUACGGCCAUUUAUCUCAGCGAAAUCAAAACAAUUAAAGUGGAUGUAUCUGGAACUAGAAGACAGGAUAGUUAAUUUAUUGUUUAUUUUUCCGAGGAUUCCUCCUCAAAUAUGGAUUUAAAAGGAGAAAAAUAAAAAAUAUAUUUAUAAGUACGUAGAGAAAAAUAAUGGUCAAGAACAGUGAGACAGAAAGAACUUACGAGUCGAAACUUUGGUGUAUCAAGUUUUGGUAAUUCACGGAUUUCAGUUCAGUACCUACUGGGGUCAAUAUUUUCUUUAAAUACUACCACCCCAAAUAGGGCCAGUGAAAAAAAAUGUUCAAGUAAGAUAUUUCGGUUGAAUCAUAAUUUCUUUUAAAAGACGGGCUAUAAGCUUAGUCAAAAUUUAUAUUUGGAUACCUAUGUAAAUAUUUUAAAAAAUAUA